AUGUACCUUAUCGCUGUCUUUGGAAACCUGCUCAUCAUCUUGGCUGUCAGCUCAGACUCUCACCUCCACACACCCAUGUACUUCUUCCUCUGCAAUCUGUCCUUUGUGGACAUAUGUUACACAUCCUCUACUGUCCCAAAGAUGCUGGUGAAUAUUCAGACACACAGCAACGUCAUCAUCUAUGAAGGCUGCCUCACUCAGAUGUAUUUUGUCAUAGUCUUCGCAGAGUUGGACAUCUUUCUCCUGACUGUGAUGGCCUAUGACCGCUUUGUGGCCAUCUGCCACCCUCUGCACUACACAGUCAUUAUGAAUCCCUGGCUCUGUGAACUCUUAGUUCUGGGAUCCUGGCUCUCUCUUGUCUCCUUAUUUUAUUGUACAGCCUUAGGAGUUUACCUCAGCCCUACUGAUACCCACAGCUCACAGUCAAUGUCAACAGCCUCAGCCAUGUACAGUGUGGUCACUCCCAUGCUUAACCCCUUCAUGUAUAGUUUGAGGAACAAAGAUAUCAAGAGAGCACUGAAAGCAUUUUUUGUGAAGGAAUCAAUAAAAGGAGGCUUGUCUUAG